CGUUUAAUCGCUUUUGUUUAUUUUGAAAGGGUGUCAGAAUUUGCAGGCGGAAGUGUCGGUUUAGCCUAGCGCGGAUUUUAUUCCGUGAGUUUCAAGUUGGUCUGUUAGCCUCUUCCUAGCAGUUCAGUGUGUGACUGAAAUAGUAGAACAAGGCUGAAGUCCAGCUGUAUACAGAGCAGAAAGCCUGCUGCUGUAGCUUGCACUGGAGGUUUUUCCUCAGUAACCCGGACUUAAUUAAUUUUCUGUUGGGUUCAACGGUGUCGUUAGCUGCUAACGGUGCAGCGUUAGCUGUUCACGCUAAUUAGUGGUCUCAACUUUAGCCGAUGUAAUAAAACAGGAGUGUGCAGCCAUUAGCGUCGGUGUGGCUUUCAGAAAAGAAAUGGCGGGAGGCGGAGAUAUCAUGGACGGUGAUCUGGAAGAUGGAGAGAUCUCUGGGUCCAGCUCGGAUACUGAGAUGGGACCAGCCACAGUAGCACAAGAAGCUCGACCCCAGGUUCCCUCGACUUUCUGCGGCCAGUCUUUCCAGAACAGAGCUUAUGCUCAGGCACUUCCAGCCGAAGCUUAUCGCAGCACAGGUAGGACGGCAGAGUCUAGUGACAGUGACCCGGAGUCCUCUGACGAGGAGGCGACUGUUUGGCGCCGGAAACGCCAGAAAGUUACCAUUGCUCCACAGCCGCCUGCAUGCAACGCCCGGCUAGGGCCGACCCCUCUGCCCGCCCAGGGGACGACGGGUGGCCGCAAGGUGAAUAACAUUUGGGGCUCUGUAGUACAAGAGCAGUGCCAGGACGCUAUCACUGCAGAACUUGGCAUAUUUGGCAUGGAUGGUGUUGGCAUGUCCAGCAGGAAUGUGGAGACUUAUAAUUUCGUCCUAGCUCGGAAGAUAAUGGAGAAGGAGAGGGAGAUGGAGGCACAGUCAAAUGAAGGAGGAGAAGUGAGCAUGCUGGAUGCUGAGCUGGAGGAGUACAUGAAGGGUAGGGGGUCAGAAGAGAACACAGGAGCUGAUGCAAAGAGAAAGAGGCCUGCAAAGGAGCGACUGGGCCCCAGAGCAGAGAUGGAUGUCAAAGGCCGCUAUGAGAUCACAGAAGUUGACCCUGAAGAUAAGGUGAUAGAUGAGAUUGCGUACAGGCUGCAGGAGCCCAAAAAGGAGCUGAUCGCUCGAGUUGUCAAAGUAGUUGGCAAGAAAAAAGCCAUAGAACUGCUCGGAGAGACCGCCACCCUGGAGGAGAGCGGCGGUGUGUACACCAUGGAUGGCAGCAGACGCCGGACACCGGGUGGGGUGUAUCUCAACCUGUUGAAAAACACCCCCAGUAUCACCAAGGCCCAAAUCAAGCAGAUAUUCUUUGAGGAACAGGUGAAGGAGUACAAGAGCAAGAAGGCUGCCCAGAAGAGGAGGCGGCAUUUGGUGGCCAAGAAGAUGAAGCAGGCCAUUGGCACUCUAAACCUGCAGGAGCACGAUGACGUCUCCAGAGAGACUUUUGCUAGUGAUACCAACGAGGCUCUGGAGUCUCUGGAGGAAGCUGCAGAAGACGAGGAGGCACAAGAGGAAGCUGCUGUGGGCACUGAGGAGACAGCAGUGGUCUACAACGCGGCAGACCUGGAGGUGUUUUGAAAAUGGCCUGCUGUCUGAACAACGAUGCUAAUGAAACACUGAAAGCACUGAAUAUGUGAUUGAUACAAAAUCCACACUGGUGUCCUUUUUUGUUUAUUUUUUUUUUUUAAACCUCAGCAAUAAAAGCAGCGCCUCUGUUAACACAUA